ACGUUAGUUUGUUGCCAAGCAACGACUGAACGUGGCAGAAAACAAGCUGCACUUAAUUGGCUCUUUUAAACAUACUGCUCACUAAUUUAUGUUUUAUUCAACAAAAGCAACUUCGGUCUACCUGACACUGAGUCUCGAUUAUACUUUUUGCUCGGACCAUACGUGACUUUUGAUAGGAUCAUAGACUGUAUAAGAUAUAUGUUUGCGGGUGUUUCUGCAGCUCUCCACCGCUUUCUGUUAGCUUUCUGCAGGCCGAUAUAAAAUGGCACCAAGCUAUGCCUCCCUUGCUUUAGAGGCUAUUUCACUGCUCGAGAAGUUCAGUGCAAGCAGGCUGUGUUUGGAUGACUUCAUUGAGGAAGCUGCAAAGGACUUGCAGAGUUUUGAAACCCUCCAUAAAAAGUUCAUACUUGAUGUUGUUUCUGGAUGUGUUGAGCAUAAAAAGUUACUGGACGUAGUCAUCAAUAUCUUCUAUGGUCAGAAUGGGAAAUGUGUAUCGAGAGGUAAUCGCAACCAGUUUGUGGUAAUUUGUUACCUGGCCACAUUUGCCCUCGAUGACAUUGGACUUCAGCGUUUUAUCAACAUAGUGAAAUCUCUGGACUUGAAGAAGAUGCAUGCAUUCCUGAGUUUCUUUUUCUCUAACCUCACCAAAUGGAUACAAGAGGAGUGGAAUACAAUCUAUGAUGCUGCCUAUGUGGAGAAAAACUGGAUUAGCCCUCUGCUGAGAUGGCGCCCUGAGAUCAAUAUUUUCUUGGAGCAGCUUUCUCUGAAAAUUUCCCAAGGGGAUCAGAUCAAGAAAGGCCCUUCAAAAACCACAGAGCCCAAGGAGUUUUCUCUCACCAAACCUAAACCUCCAGCUGUGCCUCUGCCUGAAAUCAUCCCACAGCAGGAAAAAUGCAAACCUGCACCAAGUAGCACGUACAGGCCUCCAAAGGAGACGCAGAUAUUAGAGGAGAUCAAACAGAAGAACCGCCAAAAGACUGAGGAACUACUCUAUGAAGCAAAUAUGAAACAGUUCAGAUGUGGAAACACGCAGAAGUCAGAACACACCAAGAAAGUGAUGUCUCAAAUUCAAGAGGACGUGGAUUCAAAACUAAAAUUCAACACUAUUCACUCCUCCGGACCUCCUUCCAGUAAAAAGACUAACAGCUGGCCCAUCAAGGUCAACAGUGCAGCAAUCCUAAGGCAGGAGGCGCUGUAUGAUCGUCAGGCGGAGGAGGAGCUGCAAAGAAUGGAGCGUCUGAUGGAGGGGGGCAGUGAGCGGUCAUCCUUCCUGCAGUGGCAGAAAGAGAUGCGUGAGAGGGAUCUGCAGGAGGAGCUUGCCAGCAUUGAGCGCAGGCAUCUGGAGAGACGCAUCAGUUAUGAGGAGGCAGCUAUGGCCCGCACACGCUUGAUGGAACGCAACCAGAAGACCGCUCAGCUGAAGAAGGAGGAGACCGCUGAGCUGAUGGGGAAAUACGCCGAGAAAAGGCUGCAAGAGGAAAAAGAAAUGAGAGACUUGGUGCAACAAGUAGCAGAGGGCCACAAGAACUCAAAGGCAGCUAAAGAGAGGAUACAGAAGUUCAAGCAGAGUAUAGUGAAAGAAGUCUCAGAGCAAAGCCAGGAGCUCCUUCGUCAGGCACUCGAGGAGGCACAGGCCGAGCUCAGCAGGAAGUUUGAAAUCAUCCGUGAAAUCCGCGCCCUUGAAUCUCUCCCUCACAUCAGAGUGAAACAUUUUGAUGACACACAGACUGCAGGCCACGAGCUGCUGGGAGAAAUGUCCCUGUGCGAGUUGAUGAAGCGGCUGGCCCUCCUGAAGGAUGUGCAGCAGGCAGAGCAGCAGAAGAAGCGCGAACAAAUCCUGGAGGAGAAGCAGAGCAAGAAGCAGAUGCUGCUGGAGAAGGUGGAGACCAUCAACCUCCACAGGAGAGCACUGGCACAGGCUGCCGCCAUCAGGAAAGAGGAGAGAAAAAGCAGGCUGGGUCUUCGGCAGGCGGUCCUCCAGGAUGACACAGUUCUGGCUCUGCAGAGGAAGCUCGAAGCAAAACAACAAGAGCGCCAGAGACUGAAACAAAUGGAGAGCAAGAGGGCCAAAACCUCUGAGCAAGCAGCCGCACACCCUGUUAAAAACACAGAGGCACACAACAGACUGGGAGGAAUUGGAGCUAAGUUUAGAGCGUCAUAUCCAGAAGGAAACUCCUUAUGGUCAUCUCUGAUGGAAACAUUCAAGGCUUCAAUAUGUUGCAACAUGCUUAAUUUAGGCCUGAAAGACUUAUUUUUGUUGCAGGAAUUGUCUUAAUCAGCUUUCCACCUGAGGUCAUGCUCUCAAUUUCAUACCUUUCCAUUAAAAGUAUUUGCCACUGUGACUUUUUCCAUGAGAAAACAGAUUAUUUUUUUCCUGUCGUAAGGCUACUUUGGAUUUCGAAGUCUGAUUAUCCAGGGUUGUUUGUUCUGGCCUGUGAUUGUUUACUUGGAAAUAAGUCUUAACUAUCGACAGAGGUUUUUUUUUUAUGUCUCCCAUGCGGAAGUUCAUCCUACCUGCGUAUGUAGCAAGAAAAGGGAAGUGAAUCUUAAUCUUAUGAUCUAUAAAGAAAUGUCCCUUCCUUAAAAAA